AUGGAUCAACUUUUACGAUUCUUUCCUCAACGAUCUAUUCCAAUGGACUCAAUGAAGCGAUGUCUCCGCCAGUUCCUCAUCACAUUGGACUUUCUUCAUACCGAGGCCGGAAUUAUACACAAUGGUGAGCCGUGGGAGCCCAUCGCAUUUGCUGCUCAAAUGCUAAUCCGGAUCCUCUCAGAUCUCCAACCUAAGAAUCUGCUCCUUCCCGUUGAUGAUGUUUCGACGUUCAAAGAGAUGGAGGAAGACGAAUACAAGAACCCGUCUCCGCGAAAAUUUCUCAAAGACCGCUCCAUUUACAGCAUACGUGGGCUGCCUCUCCCGGAAGGAGGACUGCCCUUGAUCUGUGAUUUUGGAGAAGCCAGGGUAAUAGACGAAGAGGGACAUACCGACGAUAUCAUGCCUGAUAUCUACAGGGCCCCCGAGGUCGUUAUGCACAUGAAGUGGAAUGUAAAGGUUGAUAUUUGGAGCGUUGCGAUGGUAGCCUGGGAUCUCGUUGCUCCGCAGCCCAUGUUCGACCGUCGACACCCAGAGACGGGAGAACCUGAUGAUAGGUAUCUCAUUGCGCAGUUUGCCGGUAUCCUGGGACCGCCGCCUGUCGAGUUCUGGAGCCAGAGCAGACUAUGUCAGGCCUUUUGGGAUGAAAAUGGAAACUGGAAAAAUGUGGUUCCUCUCCCAGAGAUAUCUCUUGAGAGACUAGCUGCAGAUAUUGAGGGUGAAGAUGUGCCAGGCUUCCUACGCUUUCUGCGGAGGAUCCUCCGCUGGCUCCCUGAGCAGCGUCCGACGACCGAGGAGCUGGUCUACUAUCCAUGGUUACUGGCGGGUCUUGGAAGUGAAAUCACAGCUGACGAGGAUAACCUGUCCAUGAGCUGA